AUGAAGGAGAUAUCGCGUAAGGAUAAGAGAAGAUAUAAUAUUGAGAACAAAGUAAGGAAGAUUCAAUCGUCAUUCCUCAAGGAUAAAGAUAACUAUUACAAGGAUCGUCUAACUACUUUACAGACAGAUUUAACUACUUUACAUCAAGGAAAUAAUAUGUUAUUUCAAAGAAAAUUGAGAGAUUUACAAGAAGAUAGAGAUUUUGAAUUGGUUAAAUUACGUUUAUAUGAAGAGUAUAGAGUAAGUCGAAGUAGUAUAGAAUUUCAAGAAGAUAUCACUAAAGCUAAAGAUGAUCAUGAAAAAUUGGUGAAAUUAUGUAAAGAAAAAUUAUAUUCAAAAAUUGAAUCACAAAUUAAAAAAUUGAAAGAAGAAAAAAUGUUAAUGGAUGUAGCUAAUAUACAUUCUUAUUCGAUGGAUUAUAGUAAACCUUUUUAUCAAAAAAAUACUAGAAGUCAUACUUCAUCAAAUAAUAUUGGAGAUAUAAAUGGUACAGCAAGUCCAAAUUAUAUGAAAUCUGGAGCUGGAUCGGGUUGGGAAUCAAACAAUGAUUCUGCAACAGAUACUGCAACUGGUUUAGAUAGAAGAGCUUUAAGACGUAGGGUAAAAACAAGAGAAACUGGAGGUACGACAAGUGGAUUCACUACAAAUAAUGAUUACUAUUCGGGAAAUAAUACACAUUAUACUGAUGAAUCUGAUUCUAAAACAGGUUAUUCAACAGCUCAAAGAGGAGGAAGAGGGAAAUCUAGAUCAUCUACCACACCAGCUACAGAAAAAAAACAAAAUGAUUUGAAUUCAGAAUCUGAUUUCUUACAGGGGAUAAGUGAUUAUGCUGAUUUACAAGUUUUAUUGUUUGGGGAGAAAGAAGAAAAACCAGAUAAUAAGAAGAAGCAUAGAAAUAAUCCACGUUAUUCUGCUAAAUCUGCCCCUCCAUUGAAUUCAUUGACUCAAGAUGAAGUCACUGAUGAUAUUGCUUUAUUGAAAACAUUGUGUGGUGAACCACAAACACCAUUCAAACCUCAUGCGCCAGUAUAA